AUGGAAAAAUUCCUCCGAUCAGCGCUGAGAAGCAGCCCACGGGCAAUCGCUCGAUUGGCCUUCAAUGGUGCUGGUGUGUUCUGCGCCUGCACCCUGGUGUGGGAGCACCUAGUGACCAUCCAAUCGAGUGAGGGACCUUCGAUGUAUCCGACUUUCAACCCGCGGGGUGACUGGCUUCUUAUUUCACGACGACAUGCAAACGGCAAGGAUAUUCAGGUUGGCGAUGUGGUGCGAUUUAAUCACCCCAACAUCCUCGGCGCGCAUGCUGCGAAAAGGGUGAUCGGGAUGCCUGGCGAUUUUGUCUGUCGUGACCCGCCGUAUAGUACUGGGGCUGGGACGCAGCCGGACAUGGUUCAGGUUCCCGAAGGACAUGUAUUCCUAAUUGGCGAUAAUCUUCCCUGGUCGAGGGACUCGAGGACCUUCGGGCCUGUGCCAUUGGGAUUGAUCAACGGAAAGGUUGUCGCGCGAGUCUGGCCACCGUCGCAGAUGGAAUGGGUGCACAAUACAAUGCAACCGGCGGAAUUGGACUAG